AAUUAAUAUGGCGGCUGUUGCUACGAGAGCGUAGGAGAAGUGCUUCUAGAUUUCCUUUCUCUGUUCUCCCUGUGUAACGGUGUCAGUGUACUUGGUAACGACAUGAGUAACAAACUUUCAAGCAAACCUUCCAGGAAGGAUCGCCCAAGAUCGACAGGUAAGCAAUUUCGCUGAGAUGACGCGCAAACCCAUUUUGAUAUCUCAGGUUACAUAAACUGUUUUUAUCUUUUAUCUUCUUGUGGUGUAUACUUUCUAUGUUCCUUUCACUUUUGCAUUUGAAAUCACAAACUUAUGAAAAAUAGGAUUGGAAAAUGUCAUCGCUAAGCCUUCUUGCAUGCACGAGAGACUGAGGUGCAUGCAUGUGAGAGGUUGAAAGAGAGUAGCCCAUUUUCUUGUAGAUGGGACACGCAAGCUAUCCCGAAUGGCUCUCGUCUGAGCUCUGUUGAUCGAAGUUGUAGUAAGAAAAAUACUUGGUUAACGACAAAAAAAAUUUUUAUUGCUAUGGAAGAUAAAUCUGGUCAUGCUUCGAACAACUCUGCUUUCUCGUACAUUGUUCAGGGUAGGAUAAUUUGAUUGUUUUUUUGCACCAUACUAAGAUAAUUCUACACUUUUUAAAGGAUAUAUACAUGUAGGGGUUGCUCUAGGUGAGUAACUUAAGUAUUAAAGAAAAUGUCUUUAAACGGCAUAACUUUUCCAUGAACAGGGCCAUUGCACAAAUCUAAACUUAGUUGGAGAAAGGUGUACAUUCAUAACUGAACCUGUAGCUGAAUCUUUGGUGAAAGAUACCUAAUGUGGGGGGUGGUACUCUCCUUUAAAUAUUUGAGGGUUACACAUAGUCAUUACUAAGAAUGAUUGUCAACUUUGGUGGAGAUCACAGAAAACCAUCGAUGAGACUUGUUAACUAUAAUUAUUAUUAUUAAAAGGAGGAGGCUCGAUAUGAAUAUCGUUAAUGAGUGUCUUGAUGACAUUUUCCAGAUAAGAGUGCUAAAACUAAAAAGAGAGAUGGUGGUACCCCUGAUAAGAUGAGUUCACCAAUUGGUUCUGCCGUGCACAUUCCUGAUGAAUUAUGCACAGGACCAUCUGUUGGGAAGGUCAUAAGUGGAGAUGAUAUUGAUUCUCUGGCAAUCAAUAUGGACGAAUUGAAAAAGGUAGAAGAAAAAUAAAGAAAAUUUUGUUUAAGGCAUGCUUCACUUACUAAAGGUUAAAAAAAAAACAUUUGAAAGGAAGCGUGGUAUAAUUUAGAGAAAAAUGAAUUUGAGACCCCAAGAUGUGGUCAUUAAUUGCUUCAAACUGUCAACCUGUUACUUCCAGUUGGCAAGUGGUAGGCUUUGUCCUGCUUAAUUGGAAAUUCCCCAUGUUGAUAAAUAAUACAAUUACUGAGACUCUUUCUUGCAAUUAUCAGGUGAAGCAUAUUUUUUUCCCUGGUAAUUAACACUUAUCACUGAUUUAAAUCCUUUCCAACUACAUACAUUAGUCAUUCUACAAUUCUGGCUGUAGCUGCGGCCUUGAUAUGUUAUGAUGUUGAAGGGUUGUCUUUGGUGAAGGUGUGCAGUAAGCUGUUCACUUUUGUUUAUAAGCAAAAGUCAUAGUGAGUGCAAACAAAGAAACAGGAAGGUUAGAUCAACCUUUCAGUAUCCAGUUAGUCCAUACUGGACUCUAGAUUAAGCUAAUGAAGACUUGUAUGUGGAUAUAAUUAUAGUAAUCUUUCUUGGAAAUGAAGGAUGUACACUUUCAGGUUGUCUGGCAAAAUAAUAACUGCCACAAGUUUUGUCACAGAAAGUCAAAGAAAACACAGUUGAAUUAUUUUCAUUGUAAAUGAACUUGAUUCUUGUCUACUCUUAUAUGUUGUGGAACAUUUGAAGGAUCAAACGGUCAUUUCCUGACUUAACAGGUCCAUCCUCCCAAGAGACCAGCAGUCCCAAAACCAUCAAGAACUCUUGUGGUGCGAAAGACACGACUCAAGCCCUCAGUGGAGCAGAAUCAACCUGUGGGAAAGAGGUAUUUGCAUUAGCAAUUACAUUGACAUGUAACUAUUGAAAAAAAAAAAAAAGGAACUCAAAAUUCUUCAAGAUCUGAUCAAGAUAAAGAAGAAUUUAUGGGAAAAGUUCAGAUAAGUCAUAUAAUAUCUCAUCUUUGAAAUGAUAUAGAGUGUUCUUUGAAUAACAGAUACAAGAUAAUUGGUAUUAAAAGACUAAUUGUGUUACAUUAACCCUUUAACUUCCAAUAUCUCAUUAGUAGUUCUCCUUACUGACUGCUAUAUAGUUCUUGAGAUAACAGUUUGGAGAAUUUGGUUUUGAAUCAACUAAUAAUCCCCAAAUUAAUAUUUUUCUUUAUUCUCAUCACUUGUCUGCUUGAUAUUGUGAUGAUAUUGGAAGGAGAAAUUCUGUCUUGGUCACUCAUGGGAGUUAGAGGGUUAACAAUUAUGAUUUAUAAUCAUGAUGUUUUGGACAUCAAGGUUAUUAGCAAAGACAUGUACAUUUUGGAAAGUGAGAAAAACAUAUUUCAUCAUUUCGUGUGUAACAAAAAGCAAAUUUUCUUAUUUCAGGGUUAAAGGAGUUCUUUUUUUUUUUCAGUAUGACUGUUGCACGACCAGCUCCUUCAGAUGCACCUUUAGUAUCUACUCCCCUUAUUGGUAAGGCAAUACCUAGUAAAUGUCUUUUGUAUAAUUGCUCCAGUGAUUAUAGAGAUGUGUGCACUCUGAUUGGUUGAGGAUUACAUUGUAUCUUGCAAUACUCACCUCCUGGUGAUUAUAGCAGGAGCACAAAUUUCAAAAUGGCUGCCUUGAUAAACAUGAUAGAAGAAGAUACAAUUCUGAAGAGCACACAAGAAGCUAAUAAGUUUGGUGUAACACUUUUCUAAAGAAGGGUAUGGAGUUUUUGCUGACGGAAUUAAUAGUUAAACUUGUUUAAUUCUUGUGAAAACUGCUUAUCUCAAUAUGAGUAAUCCAGACAAUUAUAAAAGAAUUUACAGUUUUCAAUUUACAAUAAUUUUACAACAGAAUUUGAAAGCACCCAAGCAAUCAUACUAAAAAAAAUUAUUCGCCUUAGGCAUAAUUAUGUGCUUUGUCUUGAGGAUUAUUCAACAAUAUUCACUGCCUUCAGCAAAUAAUUGGUUAAUAAUUUUUAAAUAUCCAUUUCUUUAUGGAUGUUUUAGAUAACUUUUUCAUGUAUGUAGACAUUUAUUAAACAUUUGACACUUUCUUGACAGCAGAACUUCUUAAAAGCACUAAAUUAAAUGUAAUAAAUGUUUAUACCUUUAAUUUCCCAUAAAAAUCUUUUACCUCUGUUGCACAAGACCAUAUGUCACUCUGCCAUAAUGUUCACUUUGUAGACAUCUUCCUUUAUUGUUAGUUCUUUUAUAGUUAUCCCAGAGGUUUGUUUCAUUAAUUUUAGUUAAUAUUAUAAAUUAUCCAAUAUAAUAUUAUUUUGCACUUUUGUCAAAUAAGGUACAACUGGUCCAAUUUUUGAUGAGGAUGGACAAGUUUUGACUCACACCAUACUGGGAUCUUGGGAAGACUUUCAACAGGAAGCUAUUAAGAGAGGAGAUAUUGAGGUUAGUGUUACUCUUGGUAAGCAGUUACUGUAUGAAAAAAGGACUGCUGUUUCUUAAAAAGGAAAUUUGAGCAAAGCAAGGCAAGUAUGAGGAGACCCACUUAAAACAGUUCCUCCCUGAAAUAUUUUGAUGUUUUAUUUUAGUUAUAAACUGCAAAUGUUAAGUUCAUAGUGAAUUCAUCGUAUUACCCGAUGGUAAAUGCAAUCUUGAAUUAUUUGUAUACCCUUCAACAGAAUAGUUUCUUCUUUAUUUUCAUCUUUCAGAAUCUCCCUCCAUUCUCUGGACACAAGGUAUUGUCAUUAAAAGGAACAAAGCCCUAGAUCAUGCCAGGUGUCAGGAAGAAAUAUUCUGACAUUUAUUUUUAAUUAAUGGGAAUAAAAUAUGAAAUAAUAAUAAAACCAGUUAUCCCUUAUUCAGAUAUUAAGUAAUUAAAGAUGUAAAGGGAUUCUUUCAAUACCAAGUAUUUCAUUUAAGUAUCCAGUUUGUUUUAUGACAUUCUAAUAUUCUUGUAGUUUGGUGCUGGCAAAGUUAGGCCAUCAACUAAAGAUGCAGAAAAGGAAAAGAAGUUCUCCAGUCAUGUUUGGCAAACAAAGGUAAGUGCAUGUAAAGUUUGAAAUAUUAUAAAAGUUUCUUUUAAGAAUUUCAUAAUUUUUAAGUAAAGCAUUUAAAUGGCUUGACAAAAGCCACUGCACUGUGGUUGGUAAUUGUGAAGAGCAGCCCCUCUUCUGGCUGUUGGCCAACUGUCAGCCAACAAAUAACUGAUAGGCAACUGAAUUGUACAUGAAAGGCUACUGACAUAUAAAUGAUAGGCUACUGAAAUAAAUGAUGGGCUAUUGACUUAUAAAUGAUAGAUUUCUGACACAUAAAUGAUAGGGUACUGACAUUAUAAAUGAUAUAUAGGCUUCUGACAUAUGAAUUAAUGAUAGGCUGCUGACAUAUGAAUGAUAGGCUACUGAAAUAAAUGAUAGGCUACUGACAUCUGAAGUAAUGAUAGGUUACUGACAUAUAAAUGACUGGCUACUGACGUAUAGAUGAUAAGCUACUGACAUACCAAUGAUUGGAUACUGACACAUAGAUGAUAGACUACUGACAUAUAAAUGUGUAGCUACCAGUUUACCAUGGUCGCAAAAAAUUUUACUGUAUUUUAUAAUAUCAGAGAAUUAUCAUCCAAAGUGUUUUCUCAUCUGAUGUAGCAUCUAAUUUUGUCUACAGAAGUGUGGAUGAUAUAUAAGGUUAAUACCUAACAAUAAUCUUGUUACCCACAACUUACCUGCAGCAUACAGAUCACCAACAGAUUAAUAAUUGUUGGCCUACAAGUAUGCCUAAAACUUUGGCUGUCAGGUUUUUUCAAGAGUUUUUCUCCACCGAUUCCCUGUUGCUGGUGGUCUUACUUUCCUUAAUUUGGCAGCUAGUUCCUUUCCUAGUCACAGCUACCCGUGUGCCUAUAUAAUGAAUAAAAAAAGAAAUGUAAUCUGUGAGUCAGAAUAACUUACAGUUAAAGUAAAGCCUAAUUUCUGUUUACAGGACUUUUUUUUUUCAAUAGUUUGGUUUAUAGUAAACUUUUGUUGAGCAAAAUUGAUACUGUUCAGACAUAGAGAAGAUGCCAAUGAUGUGAUUUACAUAUAUUAGCCUGUUUUUCUUUUCAAAUACUUCCAGAUAAUUUAUACAAUUUUUUUGUAAUUUGAGACUCCAUUAUUUUAAAUAUUUCAUAAUUAUGUCUGACACAUUUAAAAAAUUAACUUUAAAGAUUAUGCAUCACAAUGUAAAUUAAAAUUAUAAUCUUUUAUGUCAUUGAUCAUUUUGUCUUUAAUAAUGUCUUUCUUGUUUUCCCAUUAAAGAUCAAUGAAAGUAAUGCAUUGAAAAACUGGCAAAGACAGAUGAUACAGAGGAAGAAACAACAACAUCAUCUAGCAAGUAAGUCAACAAGCCAUCAUCAUUUAUUAUGGCUUAUGAACUGAAUUCUCUUAAGAAAUAAUAUGCACAAAGGCUAUCAAUAUCUCUGGCCUCUAGUGUUGAACAUUACUCUGACUUGUGGUUUCUAUAAACUCAAGAUUAAUGUUAGAAUAUUAUUCUUUGAAUUCAUUUAUUGUUCUUUUAUCUAGAUGCACUAAACACAUCAACAGAUAUGUUGGUUAUGAACCAAAGCGAGGAUUAUAGAGAAACACAAGAAGACAGGUACAUUUAACCCAAUUAAAUGAAAUGAAAAUUUUUGGCAGUGGUAAUUAUCUCAAUUACUUUUUAAUGGCCUUGAAGCUGAAAAGAAAAGUUGAUAUUCAGAACUGAUGGUUUUAUUUUAUCAUUUACUUUGAAAGGUAUGCCAUUGACAGAUCCAUCCCAUCAAUGGAUUAUGGAAAAGGAUGUAAGUUUAAGAAGUUGAAAUAAUUUUUAAGCGGUAACUUUUUCUUUACUUCAUAUUUCAUGUUUUUUUUUUGUUUUGUUUUGUUUUUUUACACCAAUUUGGCUGAUAAGCAUAAUCAUUUGUGAAUUGAUGAAUUUAGACAGCAACACUCUUUAAGUAAGGCUGCUUGUUAAAUUUCUAAAUUCUUUUGUGCAGAUCGUGUUGGUAGUGAGUUUUGGAAACAGGCCGAGCAAAUAGGAAAUGAUGAAACAGGGAUCAAGUAAGACUCCAUAAUCAGCUUGAUUACUUUUAUGAAAAGUUAUGGAUUUCAAUAAUGUAAGGCUGUGCUUUUUGUUUUUAAAUCAUCAUCAAUACCAUCACUCUUGCAAGUCAAAGAAGUUUGGACUGCACUGGCCUGAAUAGAGCAUUGCAGUGUGUUGACCUCAGCUUGAUCAAGAACAUUGAAACUACGAUCACUUUAGUCAGGGUUGCCUUUCUACUGAUUGUUAGACAGUAUUCCCAAGGAGUUUUCUUAACUUCUACAUCGAAUCAAUUAACCACAAAUUUUAAUUUUGGUUACUUUUUUUUUAAUUUGUCUUAGAAUGAAGUGUUUAGUGUUUAACUUGAUAUUCAUUCACAAAAGCAGGAGACACCUGUUAAGUUUGGUGCCUCACCGCUUCUUUGAGGAGUAAUAUGAUUGUUUGAUAAUUUUAUUUGAAUAAGAAGACUGUUAUAUUGAUUGAUGUCAUCUCUGUAUGUAGUAUGACUUUGACACAGACUGAGCGAGGCUAUCCACCUGCCAUUGAACACAUUGGAAAACCCAUAUACAUCAAGAAUGAAAUGGGUAAGGAACAAUUAAGGCUGAGUUCAACCACUGUUGCUGCCAUUCAAUGUUAAUGGCAACAAUUUGAAUUUUCAUGCCCUUUCUGCAUUUGAAGCAAUUGGAGGGCUCAGAGCAAGAACGAUCCCUUGAUUUUUUGGCCAUUUUUGAAAGUGUCCACAUGCCAAAAUUCAACUACUUCUGAACACUUUCAAAAAUGGCCGAAAAAAUCAAGGGAUCGUUCUUGCUCUGAGCCCUCCAAUUGUGUGAAGACAUUUUCUUGAAGGGGUGAUAAAAGUAAGAAACAAAUUUAUUGUUGAGAAGAUAAUGUAUAAGGAAGAAGGAAAGGAAUCACCUUUUUAAAACUAAAAGCAGACUUUUCACUGUCACCAGGUAGCUCUGUAUGUUCUCUUUAGUAGAAGCUUUUUAUUAUUUUUUUGAGGAAUCUCUGGUGGUCCAUGGUUUUGUUUGAUGAGGUUGUUAAAUAAUUAUUUGCUAUGAGCAGAGCUUUGGGCUAGCUUGUAAAAUUUUGAGAGUCAGUGGUACGGUGUGACUCCAGUUGUUGUUUUUUAGGCAUAGAGUGGUCCAACACCCAUAGGUCAGUAUCAGUGCACUACCCCUGGCAGAAGUCUAGUUAUCUUCAGGAGAGAACUACACAGCUUCAAAAUGUUUUAAAUGAGUUAGACCCACACCAACCAGUAAGUGAAGCAAAGUGCUGCAGUAUUGUCUCUAACAUUUCCAGGUUUUUGCGUGUGAUGGGUAUCAAUUUUACACAAUUGUUGUCCUCUGUAGAUGGCUAAUCUAUACUAUAGUAAAAAACUCUACUGUAUGAAGUGCUAGGAAGUCCCUUCUUUUGUUCUGUGGAUUGUUCCAUUUGAGAGAAAUCUUGUAAUGAUAAGGCUGAUGCUGUUGGGUUAUUUGACCUACAUUUUGUACUUCAGUCUGUUGCCCAAACUGCAGUCCAGUUUACUUUAUUAUAAUCACUUUUUGUGAGCAUGUGUACCUUUAGAUCAGUGUAUGAAACAUAUGUUAUUGUAAUAUUAUGCAAUCAUUCUGCAAAGUUCUCCAUCUGUCGUACACUUUUUUUAAUAGUUUAGUAAGUGUUAAAUGCUGCCAGGUUUUCCUCUAUUGCAAAUGCUAAUCAUGGUUUUCUCUUUCAGUACAUUGAUGAUCUUGAAGUGAUUGGAACAAAUCAGCCUCAGCAUUCAUCCAAGUUCGACAUGAUGUCCAUAGUUCAAGAGGAAGAAGAGGAGGAAAGUGAGGCAAUGGAUGAAACUGUGCUUCAAAGGUUAGUCAUUCUAAAUUUCUUGUAGCAUUAUCUUAAGACCUCCAGUUAAGGGUAGAACCAACACAAACAUUUGUAUUUCAAAAGUUUGUUUAAAAAGAUAUAGCUCCAUGCCAAUUGGGAUGGAAUUAAAAAAAGCAGUUAAGGACAUAAAACUACUUGUUGUGAUUAACAGGAACACAUUUCCUGCAUGUACAUGCAUGUAUCAAUCUUAAAGAUUAAUACACACACAAGAACCAAGCAGAAACAAAGAAAAUUUUGUUUGUGGUAUAGCAUCCUUAGAUAAAGCAUCAUUGUACCCAACCAUAGAAAAGCCAGAUGCUAUAUUAUUUGGGUCAACAUAAAACUCAUCUCAAGUUUGCUAUAAAUAUUAUACACCAUCACACUUAUAUUUAGUCCAUGUUUAUUCUCAUAUUACUGUUAACAUGAGUUGCUUAUUCCUAGGGACCCUUUGGCAAAUAUCGCUGAUGUUGUACCUCAGCCAAUAUUUGGACCAUCAUUAUCAAUUGGUGGUCACACAGCUCAGUGGAAUGGUCCAAGGUCAGGAGGCAGUGAGAAAGCAGGGGUGGCUUGCCGUGUGAUAUUUGAUGCCAAUGUUGGAGACAGGGUCACUUCUCACCUAAAUAUCUGCAAUGAUGGAACAACUGCAGUGUACUUUUCUUGGAAGGUAUUGUUCACCACCUGUCCUCCCUCUUGUUUAUAACCUGAGUCCUAGAAGACUUGCAGUUGUCAUGUUGUUCUGAUUUCUGUAGGAGACUUUGUGAGAUAAUCUACCAUGUACAACUUGUGGUUAGAAUUAUCAGAAAAUAAUGAGUCUUGUAUCAAUUAAGAGAGCUUUCAAAACUGCAUCAUAUUAAUUAAUAAACAGACAUAUAAUUAAGGAUUAUACAUGUUACUUUCCUUUUUCAAAAAAGUACUAAGUGACCAGUUUUUUUUUUUUUAGUGCUUUGGACAGUAAGUGAUUUGACAAUUAUGAUAAAAUUGAUAUUGAAUUCAUUUGAAUUAGGAAAUUAAGACCUGCAAUGAACAGAAUUAUGUGUAAGCCUACCACAAUAUGAAUGUGAUAACUUUUUAUUGUUACCAUAACAGUUUUACUGUUUUUAUAAUUACUCAUUGCCAACUCUUCCUUCAAAAGUUACACUGAUAUGCCCUUCAAAUAUAAAAAUCCUUGCCACCUUUCAGACAGAUGUAAUUCUAGUAUGUUUGUGAAGGUAUUUUGUUUACUUAACCUAACUUUCAUACCACAGAAAAUUCCACGGACCAAUGUACUGGGGACCAAGCUUGCAGGACAUGCUCAAAGGUUUUACUUUGACACCAAGAGUGAUGUAAUCUUACCAGGAGAUACUUUGAAGUUCCCAUUCAUAUUCAAAUCUCCAAAUGCUGGGAUCUUCACUGAGACAUGGGAACUGAUGACAAGACCUACUCUUUGUGGUGGGGCUCCCAUAAGGAUCACUCUAAGAGGUAAUGAAAAUGGCAAAUAUUUAUAGAUUGGUUUUUUUGCUUAUGUUUCUUAUUUUUCAGUCAGCCAGCACACUUCACUUGGCUUUCUUUGAUCCAGUUGCUAAGACUGCCUUGUUUUUGGUUCAAUGACAUUAAUUUCUGGUGUUGGGUUUUUUUUUUCCAUGGGGUAAAGUUUUUAGACCAAAAGGAGAUUGCUGUGAAAUUAAAAAAUGUUUUAAAUCAAUUUCACUGCAAGUAAACUAUGAAAUAAACCAAAAUUUAAUUUGAAGAAUAUUCCAUUUCUUUUUUAAGAGCAGUCAGCUGUAGGAGGAUUGGAAUGAUUUGGUUGGAUAAGAUUUUAAAAAAAUUACAUCUUCAUCAAAUAUUAGGGCUAUCAUAGAGUGUAUGGUUUGUUUGUAAUUAUUGGAUGGGUUGUGCUGAAAUAUUCUCGUUUGUCCACAUGUUUGGUAGAUUGCAGUGUUAGGAUUAGUACUGCUGUUAGUUGUUUGUGAGUAACAAGCUUCAGCUAACCUCGUCAUCUUCAGAUGACUCGCUUUAGUCAAUUUAAACACCACAAUUCACAUGGAGAGGGAUCAUUAUUGUUCAGUGUGGUGAGAACAUGGACCAAAGUUACAGUCCUCAGUUUCUGUAGAACAUAAAACAUGGUUACUGCCAUUAACAAAAGCUGUCUGUAAUAAUGAAAGAUUGUGGUCCUAUGAAAGUGUGGUCAUGCAGUUAAAAGGUGGUAAGGUACAUGUACCAGCUGGCGGCCCGAUAUCAGUCUUUUUAUUUUUAAAUCUCUUUCAUUUAUCGUCGUCAGAAAACUGUUUUGUACAACUUUUUUUUUUUACUUAACGUUAUAGGAUACUUUAAAUUAUGUCUAAAGACACCCUCUUGAUACUUGGCUUUGUUCUUUUCAGUUUACCACCAACAACUCAUCACAUACAUUUCAUAGAGCAUUUUUAGCAGCAAGUUAAUUUACUUGCAGGUGUAGCAUUAGAAGAGGACAUCUACAAGGAAGCCAGGCAGCAAAUUGAGGAUGAUUUGGCUCACAGAGAAGCAGUGGAGACUGCAACAAGACUUCUUGAAGAGAUCCUUGAUGGUGUUCGUACUCCUGAGAGAGCCAGGUCCCCAGUGGAUGCUUAUAUCACGGUGAGUUGUGUCAGUGAGGAUGUAGGUACUUGGGAAAGAGUUAGUGAGGGUGGAAAUUUUAUUAAUAACCAUUUUCUUUAAUAUUUCAUAUUCACAUGCCUUUGAUAAUUACAAAUUUUUAAAGUGACAGUUCAUCAGAAAUGUUUAAGUGAAAAGAAAGAAAACAUAUGGGUUUUGCAAUGUCUGUUUAGCUUGUAUUUUUUCCCACUGAAAAUUUGACGUUUAAUGUCAGUUGACAUGAAAAUGUACUGCCAUGAGGAAUUGGAACCCAUUGUUGGUGUACAUGUAUGCCUGUGAGAUAAUACAAAAUGAAUUGUUUAGCACCAAUGUACCAAUACAUUUCCCUUUUUGUUGUCAUAUUAAAUUGGAAUAACUCUUGUUUGUGGCUUAGUUUAUGAAAAUAGAUUUACUAAUUGUUACAAAAUGAUACAACCAUCCCACUAUAAAUUAAAAUUUCAUAUUUUAUAAUAUACUGUUUGGAUUUUUCAAAAUAAUUGCUUUUGAAAAUUACCUGUCAUAAUAAUUAUAAUUAUAAUGUUUUAUUUCAGGAGGAAGAGAUCUUUGAAAGAGCUAAUCAAGGGGUGAGAAUUAAAUUUACACUCCAACCCAACACACUGGAAAUGAUACAAAUUACAAAAUAUGAGUAGUCCGUAUCAACAUUUAAGAUUUUUAGUUUCUUUAUGAAGUCAGAAUUGAGAUGACAUUAUACUGUAAUCUGCUCAUAAUCUUCUCCCAAAUCACAGGUGGUUGACUUAAGGAUUAAAAAUCUCAAUAUCAAUGGUUCUUUUGUGUUUUCACAGAUGCAUUUCCAGGAUGAGGUUGUUGGGGAAUUGAAGCAGAUUUAUGCACAGCUUGGAGACCAUGAAGAGUGGGACUUGUCUAUAGAGUCCCUUCAACAGGUAACACUUUUGGUAUAAUAAGUCAUUCUGACAUGGUGUAUUUAACAAAGAGAUUCUAUAUGUAUAAUUUUAUACAAAUGUUGCCAUAUUUUUGUUCUGAUAUAGAUCACAGAUGACAUCAAAAAGGGGCAAAAACAAAAAAUGUGGCACAAGGCAACAGCAGUGUGUGUCACUGAGUCAGUCAAGAAGACAGUUCUUGAUAACUAAAUCAUGUAUUCCCUUUCCAAUUUAUUUUUAACUGUUUUCAUUUUUUGUAGAAAAUCAUGUGCAUUGAAGAUGCUGAUCAACGUGAUAGCCUGCUCCAGACACUCAAUAGCUCUGUAUCAACCUUAUCAUUCCCACCAAUGACUCCUAUUAAACAAGCCAUGUAUGCUGCAGGGUGAGUUAUUUACUGUACCAAAAAAUCAACAGAUUGAGGGCAAACUAGGGACCACUCAAAGAUUUAAUCACAGCAUGAUUGUUAACAGAGAAGAGUAGAUCAUGUAUAGAAAACAACCAAGAGCAAGCUGGGGUUAUUUUUGAAAUUAGUAUUUAUCAUUUAGAUAUGAAUUAAAUAUGCAUUCACUUAAAUUAGAAAAUAUGCUUUUACUUAAAUACACAUUUUUAGUAUUAUUUAACCAGUAACAUAAAUUUAUUCACUUUAAGUCACUUACUAUGAUAUAUACAAAAGUACAAAAUCAAGUUAUAGAUGAUUCGUACCCCUUUAGUGUAAUAAAUUAUAGAAAAUGAAUGGGUAAUUUAUAAAUGUAGGCUGCUGCUAGUUUUUUUUCCUUUUGACCUCUAAUUCAACUGAAAUUGGCUGCAAGGAAUUACUUUUUUCUAUAUAUAUAUAUAACCGUUUAUUGUUGCCUUUUCCGGUACAUUCAGUGCAUUCUGCAUUAUAUUCCUUUCUAAUUUGGCUACUUCUUUUGGGUUAUGUUCAAAAUAUUCCCUAUUUCAAAGAACUACAUGUCUGAAGUUACUUAAUUUGAAGAGUAAAGCCACACCAUUCCCAGUAUUUACUUGUCUUAAAACUGUAUUUAGAUAUCAAUUACUUUGUGAGAUGGUGGACAGUAUUGUUGGACAGGCAAACAUGAUACGAUCCAUUCUUGGUCUUCCCGAGAGAGAGCUUGUGGAGGAUACUUCACAAGAGGAAGGUUAGAAACCUAGCUGUAAUCAUGAUCAGUGUUCUUGAGUCUCUUACAUCCUGAUCAGUCAGGAUUACUACUGUUGAGUUAGCAUUAACAACAGUAUUUGUGAAAUCUCAGUUUAUUCAGCUUUUUUGUUUUUAAUUAGCGGACAAAAGACUGCGCAAAGGAACAAUUUCUGAAACAAAAGCUGCUGAAAGUCGAAAAGGAGAUAAAAAAGACAAGAGAGGAGGAAAGCUUUCUGAAAUUGUGAGUUUAGAUUUUGUCCAGUACUGUAGUUCAGGAGCUAUGUCAUAAUUACAGAGAACCCUUGUUGUCAAUGAUGAUUUUACUAGGCCUGAUUUAAAAAAUUGGAAAUCCAAUAGACUUAACAAAUCACUCAGUAUUUAGUGUAUUGUAUCCAGUCUCUCUAGUUAACUUUUUGCCACUGGGCCAGACAAACAAAAAACUCAAAUUUAGAGAAGGAAUUUUGGAAUUGAUGUAAUUGUACUGUUGGUGUUAAGUUUUGUUGUAACAGUUGCCAUAAAUAUUUCAGAGUGAAGAAAAUCAUGAACAUGAAGAUUAUCAUUUCAAAAUGGAUCUUGGCAUGUUUGUUAGUAGUGUCGUGUGUACUUGUUACCAAAAGAAUGCACACAAUCCGCACUUAAAGUGCUAGUGAAAUUUAUUUAGAAAAUGUGUACUGCAUUUUGUAAGACUACACUGUAUGUUAACUGUGAGGAAGGAAAAUAUAAAAAUGCAUCCUAGGAACCUAGCUGUGUUUAAGCCCUUGUGAACCCAUAGACCCUGACAUUGUCAUAUACCAUAGUUUGAAAUCCAUCAAGAUAUGUAAGAUACCAUAUUAUCUAAAACAGUUAUAUCACAUUUUUUGGGGGUUUAAGCUUUAUCCAAGUUAUGUUUGUUUUUUGUGUUGCAUGAUUGCAAGGAUCGUCCAACUUCCACCCAACGCUCCAAGUUAUCAGCCAAAAAAUCAGGAAGAGGUGACAAUAUUUAAUUUUUUAAAUUGUGAUAAUUCAAUUAAAGAGAAAAAAAAAGAAACAUGCUUAGGCUGAAGCCUUCAGUAUUUUUCCAUUAAUUAGUUGUUCUGAGUUACAAUCAUAUAAGGUAUAAACAAUGGAACUCUACAUGCAACACAAGUGCAAUAUGUCUUCAGAACAGUUUUCAUCUCAACUCUUUCCCUUGAUAGGUACUAGCACACCAUCAUCACAGUCCAAAUCAGCUCUCAGUGAAGCUGCCGCAGAAAGGACUGGGGUGAGAAAUUUCUUAUUGGUUCAGAAAUAUCUAACAAUUUGAUGAGAAAGUCCUCCUUUAUUUUUUUUGUUAAACAAUUUGGCAAUUUAAAUUCCUUUGCGACUUAAUCCUAGGAAUUAAAGUAGUUUUCUCAGAAAAAAAAAAGUUAAUAUUUUAGAUCGAAAUAAUUUUCAUAUUUAGUUAACUGUUUUGUUUUUAAGCUCUUUCAGUACUAUAAAUUGUCUAGGUUGCAUUUAUUGCAAUUUAAAAUAGUUUGUUUUCUUUCCAUAGAAUCAUGGAAAACCACCAAACUUUCCUUGAAUGUUCAAAUAAUCCUCCAAAAAACAUUUCAUGUAUUGUUAAUCUCUUUCCUGUGAUCAGUUGGUUAAUGGGAUAUUUGUCAAAGUCAGUUGAUAAGUUACAUGUUAUUUACCUGAGAAUAAAAAUACAGCUGCUCAGUUUUUAAAUUGCUCAGAAAAGCACAUAACAUGCAGCUAUGUUUUAGGCUAAAGAUGUUGUUGUUCAUUAUGAUUAUAUAGUUAAAUCAACGUCUAAUCAUUUGUCUCACGUUGUUGAGUCAGACUAUCGAUUGUUGUGACAAACAACAUUUCGACUGUUAAACUGCUUGUCUAUAUCGGGCGACAUGUCACUUUAGUGACAGCUUAUUCAGAGGAUGAUAAUCUUCUGGAAAUUCCACAGAAGUUGAAUGAAAAUUGAAAAUAAAGUUUAUGGUAUAUGAUGUACUGAGACAUGGAUUUUGAUUUAUUUUUCACGUGUUUCAGACCCCAGUCAGUGUGGAGGGAUUAACAAUUGAAAAUACUGUCGACCCCGUCUUAGAAGCAAAGUACAAGGAGAAACUUUUUACGCAGGUUUGAAGAUUGUUUGUACUUGUUGUUAAAUAUAUUGAUUACUUGUGCUACAGUUCAGAGUUCUCUUGGUUUAAACCCGCCAAUGAAUGAAAGAAACAACAAAUUUACCUGUUACUAGGAGUAGUUUGUCACAAGCCAUAUUCAUUUUAGCAAAUCUAGUUCUUGAUAGUCUUUCAACAAGUACAGUGAAAUAGAAUCAUGGCAAUGAAAGGCAUGCAGUGAUCCUCAUUUAAAGGUUUUCGUGCAAUGGGUGUGAAUUCCAGCCCUUUUUUUGUUUCAAAUUAUUUUUACUUGUAUGAGAUAAAUUUUAAAAUUUUUUUAAUGUCUUGUAUGUUGUGUGUUUCAUCAGACCUAUGCCCUUGUGGUGGAUACGUUUGAAAGAAUGGACUUGGUUUUUGAAGACAUAAAAACUGCAGAAUCAAGGUUAUCAGGUCUAGAGUAG